AAGACCCAGGGCUUCAUAUUUUGGGACUCGACCCAAAGUUGUAACUAGUCAAGCUUUCUUGUAAACUUUCAAGCAUGUAAGAAUAUGAGGGCAAGAAAAAAAUCCACAUGCCCUGUAAAGUUUGCUAAAAUAUCGUUGGUAGAUCAGCCCUGUUUUGAUUUCUCAACGGCUGUCAAAUCUUGCUCCUAAAGGGGCUACGGAUGCACUUCUUAGUGAGGCUUCUCAGGCAUUGGGCGAACGUGUAUACGUCCAUAUCCUCUGUCGCCUAAUGCUGAAGCACAGUAAGUAACACAUUUAUUGGUAGUGUAUACGAUUCUUCAAGCAAUAUGUGUGAGGUUUGUAAAUUGUCAUGAGAAUAACGUAGAACGUCGUCUGUUUUGUUACUUAAGCCUUCGGUCCGCCAGUAGGGCUAUAAGUUUCCUCUAAAUUUCUAAACUAUCUGAACUUAUUUCUGGUGGGUUUCCUCGUUUUAAAUCCCUCCCGUUUAAUCACCAUUUUGCCCGGAAAAUAUCUCCAGCCCACGGACUAUCCCUUUGUCACCACGUCCUAUUCUCGUCAUGGUUAUAUUAAGUAGGUCCGGUACGGCGGUAGGUUUUCGCCGGAAGCAAAGUACGUGCGCAGUGCAGACGCGCCGUAGAACCUUUCCAAAAUGUGCGGCCACCACAUUCCGGAUGAGCGUUUCACUCGUCGCCUGCAGGCAAAAUGAAACGGAGAUUUUCAAAUGUUGGCUUCGCACAAAACAUGGCUGCACACUCCAUUUUCACAAAUUGCUUUACGUUAGUCCCUAAAGUGAAAAAACUUUGGCUAAAUAUAGCUCCGUUUAAUUAAAAAAAAAUCACAUUGUCAGAUGCUGGAGCAUUCUCAUUUGUCUCACAAUAGAUGAUUCUGUAGGCUGGGAUGAAGCCACAAUAGGAGCAAAGCUGAGUUUUUAAAAAUGGUCUUGAGUUGCACGCAGCCUUCCGCACCGUACCGGUACGCGGUAUGGGUGCAUGUACAUGUAUAUGUAAACUGUAUACAUGUCCAUUACUACUCAGCAACAAGCGACAUGCAAGCAUGCACUGUACUCAUUGAUUCAUUGCGUGUACGAAGUCAUGGAAGUACGUACAUGUACAUGUACAUGUACAGUAGUUGGUCGCUUGUGAACAGACAGUACAGGUGUUUGAUCAAUGCAAGUUUAUUGAACAACCACACCGUUGUCACACCCAUACGUAGUUUUCUCUGAACACUGAUGGAAGGCCGAGCGUGGACUUCUUAUGGACAGUAGUAUUCUGGAAUCAUUCAGCUCUCGUCGAACAGUUUGAAUCAAAAGUUUUCAGUGUGCUUGUGUGCCGAUCGACCAUCGGCUAGACCACACUCAACAGAACCACCAGUAGGCCUACCAACGCUCACAGUGACAAACAUUAAUCAUGGCGAAAUUGAAGAAGACAUUUCGCUUCAAGACAGUGAAGAUGCCCAAAGUUCACGAACCGAUUUUGAUGGAUGAUGAGCGUGACGAGCUUGGUGAUUAUCAGUAUCCCUGGCAUAACAUCGUUUUUGAAGGCGGCGGCAACAAAGGCUUGGCUUAUUGCGGAGCUGUCAGGGUGCUUGAAGAAACAGGAAUAUGGAGUCAGGUCAAACGAAUUGCUGGGACCAGUGCUGGGGCGAUGACAGCGGGAUUGCUUGCGGUGGGAUACAAUUCUCACGACCUUGAGGCAUUCUUGAAGCAGCCUGACCUACAGAAGAUUUUCCUCGAUGCCAAGUUUGGUUUGUUAAGCGUAUUGCCCAACAUGAUGAAACGUUUCGGCUGGCAUCCUGGCAACAAGCUGUACUCGUGGUUUGGCAAGAUGCUGUACAAGAAGACAGGCAAUGCCGAUAUCACAUUUGAACAGGUGUACAAAACGUAUGGUAAGGAGCUGUGCAUCUGUGUGACAAAUAUCAAUUUUUUGGAUUGCUAUUACUGUCACGUGAAGACGACCCCAGAUAUGCCAGUUAGAAUGGCCAUGCGCAUGUCAGGCUCUAUCCCAGGUGUUUUCUGCACAGUUAAGGACAGCCUGAGUUCGUUUCCUGAUCAUUACGUCGAUGGAGGCCUGUUGGUGAAUUACCCCAUCCACGCCUUUGAUGGCUGGUAUCUCUCCAUGAGACCAGAAGACACAUUCCUGAAGAGAGUACAGCCCCUGAGAGACAUCCGCAAACUCUGGGACCGGAAGGAGCGUUUUGGGCACAAGAAUGAACGGACCCUGGGCUUGCUACUGUAUUCAGAUUUUGAGCCUGAAGUGAUGAAGGAUGCCUUGAACGAGCGCCAUUCCUACUACCAGGACUACGUUCAGGCUAUACCCAACACCAAACUUGCCAAGAAAAGAAUGAAAAAAGCCAAUAAUGAAUACAUUGAGGCUCAGCACAACAUUCUGGUGGAAGCGAUGGACAAGCUUUUGGCAGAACUGAGCAAGCAAGACGUAAACAUGGAUGGCAACAUUCAGUUGGAUGAAUGGAUGAAGGCAUUCAACAGUAAGGAUUCAGAGUUCACAGAUGAGCACAAGAAGAUACUGUUUGACGAGGAUGGUUCAGAUCCAGAGAAGAUAUUCAAUAGGUUAGACUUCGACAAAAAUGGAGAAAUCAGCUAUCGGGAGUUGAUAUACUGGGCGGAGAAACGCGGGCUGAAACUCCUCUCUGCCUUCCGAGGGUACGAGAGGCGAGAAAUCAAGUCAAUGAUGGAGUUCUUUUCGACGAUGAUGGAGUGCCUGCUUCUUAAUAUGAAACGAGUCUUCAUUCAGGAAAACGACCUGUUCCGCACUGUUGGAAUCGAUUGCAGAUAUCUGGAUGCUAUGGAUUUCAAUAUGGAGCCGGAAGACCAAAGGUUCCUAAUUGAGCAAGGCAAGUUGGGCUGCAUGGCCUACCUGCGAGAGUUUGUGGACAAGUUCAAACCGCCCCCUCGACGAAGCAAGGGGGCAAGCCGCGACAGUGCGAAGAAACACCGCGUGACGAUGGAGUUCUCGCGCCUGCUCAACAGUGAGUCUGACAUGGAAGGGCUGAUCUCACCCACGCCCCCGACGACGGCCGUGCCCGAGGACGCGCCGGAUGAGGAUGUCUUCAGCAAAGAGAUGCGGGAGGCAAGUAUCAAGGUUGUCAAGCCAGUGCUUGCCAACAGGGGCAAGCCUAGCUCGCCCGCUUGCAACAAGCACGUCAAAAUAACCCUGCCGGAGGACGACGAUGACUGUUCAGUAUCGGUGGCCAGCUGCGAAGAUGCACAGUUGGUAGUUGGGGCCAACGCUGCCCCUUGAUUUAUUCUUUGUGGUAAAUGCUUUUGCUUAAAAAUGUCCUGUACCGCAGUAAAGAAGACAACCUCUUUGAUGCAGUGAUGCCAUCCUGAGAGAUAAAGGGUAGCCUGGCUGACCAGCUGAAAUAACAUUAUACCAGGGGAUUUGUUUUGAUUAAACCCUUUAAGCACUGCUAUUAUGAGACGACCAUUGUAUAACUGCGGCUUCAACUCGCACCUUUAAAUAAAAUCCACUCAGAUGCUCCAGGGAAACAUUCAAGAAAAACCAUUGGCCUCGUUCAGUAAUUGUCGCAUCUGUGGGGCAGUGUUCCAUGUCUGUCAUAAUAAAACUCCAUUGCUUACAUUUACAUCCCAGUGGGUAUUCACAAGUGCAAGUACGAGUCAGAUACGUGGUCAGAGUGGAAGUGUAUAUGUGAGAUUUCUUUUCAGGAACUGGUUUGAAGACGUACAGUUCAGCGGGGAUGAGUGAGAUUCUCUGGGUCUUAGGCACAGCCAUCCAAUCACAGAUUGUCUGAAGCAUCUUCCUUAGAAUGGGUGCGUUGAAUAUGAGACACUGGUGCUCUUGAUCACUCUCUGAAUCUUUCCUCAGAUAUAAAAGUACCAAUUUUUGAAACCUGACCAAGGUCAUUCUGUACAAAAGUUGCUGAAGUUCACACCAAUGGCUAAUUUUGUAUUAUAGAGGCCAUUUUCCUGAGAAGUGUAUCUUUAUAUUUUUUAAAUUUUAGUCGUAUCUCUCUUUGUAUUUUUCUAGAAAGUGCCUUUUGAUGCUAUUUUUGCCCCCCCGGUCUUUACCUAUCAUGUAGGCUGACGCUCAUUUUAGGCAUGUUAUUUUAGUGCCCUCACCUAUCAUAUUACCUUAGACAUCGCUCGUGACUGUUCUUGCUGGAAUCCAAUGCUGAACUUCAUUUGAAAGUAUUGUUUAUAUCAGCAUUUGUCUAACUUUUAUAAAAAUAAAAAUUAACUUUUAUUUAAUUUCGUCAUAUGCUUUUUGCACAGGACUGCAACACAGACAAUACAUUUUUUUUCUAUUUUUCUAGUCUUUUUUAUUUCAUGAAGAUGCAAUUUCUUUUGUAACUGUUUGAUUUGGU